AAGAGGCCAAGACGCCGGGAACGAGCCCAGCAGACGGCCAGGCUUGACCUUGACCGUUGGCUCCGCCAGCUUUGCUCUGGCUGCCCGGCAACGGCGCGCUCCCGCUCCCCGCGGUCCCGCGGUUGAUCCCGCCCCUCCCUCGGGCGGAAUCGCCCGUGAUCCAGGCCGGGUUUUGCAGCGGAGCUGUUGGGUUGCGCGUGCUGAUUCCUCUCCCGUAGCAGCGGGCUGCGAGAGAUCAUGGUGCUGAGCCAAGUCUGGACCACGCUGUCCGGAGUCUCCGGGGUUGCCCUAGCCUGCUGCUUGUUGUCGGCGGCGGUGGUCCUGCGAUGGACCGGGCGCCGGACGGCCCGGGGAGCGGCGGCCAGGGCGCGGCGGAGGCAGCGAGCCGGCCUGGAGACUAUGGAUAAGGCGGUGCAGCGCUUCCGGCUGCAGAACCCUGACUUGGACUCAGAGGCACUGCUGGCCUUGCCCCUGUCCCAACUAGGACUGAAGUUACACAGUGGGGAGCUGUCCCCGGAGGCUGUGCUCUUCACCUACCUGGGAAAGGCCUGGGAAGUGAACAAGGGGACCAACUGUGUGACCUCCUAUCUGACUGACUGUGAGACUCAGCUAUCCCAGGCCCCACGACAGGGCCUGCUCUAUGGCAUCCCUGUGAGCCUCAAGGAAUGCUUCAGCUACAAGGGCCAAGACUCCACGCUGGGCUUGAGUCUGAAUGAGGGGGUGCCAUCGGAGGGUGACAGUGUGGUGGUGCAGGUGCUGAAGCUGCAGGGCGCCGUGCCCUUUGUGCACACCAAUGUCCCCCAGUCCAUGUUAAGUUUUGACUGCAGUAACCCACUCUUUGGUCAGACUCUGAACCCAUGGAAGUCCUCCAAGAGCCCAGGUGGUUCCUCGGGAGGCGAGGGGGCUCUCAUUGGAUCUGGGGGCUCCCCUCUGGGCUUAGGCACGGAUAUUGGAGGCAGCAUCCGUUUCCCUUCUUCCUUUUGCGGCAUCUGUGGCCUCAAGCCUACCGGGAACCGCCUCAGCAAGAGUGGCCUGAAGGGCUGUGUCUAUGGACAGACAGCAGUGCAGCUUUCUGUUGGCCCCAUGGCCCGAGAUGUGGAAAGCCUGGCAUUAUGCCUGAAAGCCCUCCUGUGUGAGGACCUGUUCCGCUUGGACCCCACCGUUCCCCCCUUGCCCUUCAGAGAGGAGGUCUACAGAAGCUCUAGACCCCUGCGGGUGGGCUACUAUGAAACUGACAACUAUACCAUGCCUAGCCCAGCCAUGAGGAGGGCCGUGCUGGAGACCAAGCGGAGUCUCGAGGCUGCUGGCCACACGCUGGUCCCCUUCUUGCCAAACAACAUACCCUACGCUCUGGAGGUCCUGUCCGCAGGUGGGCUGUUCAGUGACGGUGGCCACACUUUCCUCCAGAACUUCAAAGGCGACUUUGUGGAUCCCUGCUUGGGGGACCUGAUCCUAAUUCUGAAGAUACCCGUGUGGUUGAAAACACUGCUGAGCUUCCUGCUGAAGCCUCUGUUUCCUCGACUGGCAACCUUUCUCAAGAGCAUGCAGCCUCGGUCGGCUGGACAGCUGUGGGAACUGCAGCAUGAGAUUGAGAUGUACCGGAAUUCUGUGAUUGCCCAGUGGAAAGCUAUGAACUUGGAUGUGCUGCUGACCCCCAUGCUGGGCCCUGCUUUGGAUUUGAACGCAUCAGGCAGAGCCACAGGGGCUAUCAGCUACACCAUGCUCUACAACUGCCUAGACUUCCCUGCGGGGGUGGUGCCUGUCACCACUGUGACUGCUGAGGACGAUGCCCAGAUGGAACACUACAGAGGCUACUUUGGGGAUAUCUGGGACUCUACACUGAAGAAGGCCAUGAAGAAGAGUGUAGGCCUGCCGGUGGCCGUGCAGUGUGUGGCCCUGCCCUGGCAGGAAGAGUUGUGCCUGCGCUUCAUGAGGGAGGUGGAGCAGCUGAUGGCCCCUGAAAAGCAGCCGUCCUGAGGGUCAUCACCUGCCCAGCUCUGGAGGACCUGAACCUACGAACUCUGUAGCCCUGUCUAGUCAGGAUACUACCACCUGUGAGGAAAUGCCGAGCCCAGGGAAGAGGCAUCCACCUGCCCUCCCUGGACCCCUGCAGAAGCACAGGAACCCCCCCCCCCCACACACACACAACCAAGUUUGGAUCUUGCUCCCUUCUCUGGUCCUCUUUCCAUCCUGAUCCCCUACUUCAUGUGGCAGCCAGCAGAAAUGGCCUGAGCCAAGGGUCACCAACAGUGAAGCAGCAAUGCAUUAUGUAUUUUCUGGGUGUUUCUGUUAGGGUUCUGGGAACCAGAGCCUGCUGAGAGGGCUGGCCUGAACCUCUAGAGCCAGCUGCAAUCUUGUCAUUCUCCUGCUUCCAAACCUCCCCGAUGUCACCACCCACAAGAUGGACAAACGGGCAUGUUCUCGGCACUUGACCCUGUCUUUUCCUUUUUUGUUGGGAUUUGGCCCAGCUUUGAUGGACACUGCCCCUGGUCU